AAAAAUUAAAGAGCUGUCAUAAACACACCCUGGAGAGGAGGGGAAACAGAGACGUUACCACAGCAACAGGCAUGUUGCAGGCAUUAAGCAAAGGAUUUCUGUUUAACACGCAAGAUUAAAGUCACAAGAAAAGGCAAGAAAAAGAAGCGGGGGCGGAGGCAAAUGUAAUAGCCCUUUAAUGUGCCAUUAAAGUUUAUUUCUUCACUGGAAAGGUGGUGGGAAUUUCACUGGCGGAGGGCAGACAGAGAGUCUGAGGGUAGUAAGGAGUCGUGUCAUUUGUAGGUAGAAGAAGAGGCCCAGACGCAGCCCACCUCUUCCUGGCAGUGGUCAUUACAGUGUGCAGAGAACAUCUCAUCUUUCCAGAGCAGGUCCUCGGCGUCACCAGCAGAGGGAGCCCUCCUGUCCAGCAACAGCAAACCAGGUGAAGUCCUGUGUACGGCUCAGUGUUUUGGGACUAAAGCCAACAAAAAUGAGAAAGACAGAAAACCAACCCUUCUUGUUCUACGACACAAUGCAAACGAUGUGAUGUGCCACUUGGGUGGAAUGAGCUGGGGUCCAACGGAACAAGGGGCAGGGUGUGUGAAAGUAUCCAGACGGGGUCGGUGGUUUGUGCGUCCCCCCCCCCCCCCCAGUUGUGUUUCCACCGCCUGCGGUGCAGACCUGUGUCCCCAAGGUCACAUCAUCCAGGCCAGAGACAACGGCCACACUAUCAUUUCAUGCUGCAGCAUUAGAUUCGUGUCAGAGCAGGGCCCGUGCGUGAGAUCCGAGUUGGAGGUUCGUUUUAGUUGACUUGGGCAAUUAUAAUUUUUGGGGGUUUUUUUAGGAGGAACGUCGGUCUUGCAGCCGACACGCACUGGACGCACUGGACGCGGUGUUGUGGACCGCGUAGAGGUAAAGUCCGCAGAACUGCAAAUGCCACAUUUUCCCUGCAAGCGAGCUCUUUUCGGUGAAACGCGUGCAUCUGAUGAAGUCGUGUUGCAAAAUAGAGGCUCUAUUGUGCAGAGCAACGCGCGGUGUGUUUGACCCCGAAGGCUCGAGAUGUCAGGAGGAGGAGGAGGAGGUAUUUCCAGUGGCCACUAGAUGGUAUAAUAUAUGCACGCAACGGGUUUUGCGCAAGGUCACGGCUGCAGCACUGAUCAAUACUCCUCUGAAAUCCGCCUGGUCGACGCUUUUCAUUGUGUUGUAGUUCUUCUUAUGUUGCCUGUUUUUAACCUUCUUUAGCAUUCACAUGCGUUCGGCGCCAUUUACUGAAGAGAUGCGGGUGGAUUUUAUGAAUUUUCAUAAUUAAAAACAGAUUAUUAUUCACGAGUCAAUCUCUAAAACGCACAGACCAUUACUUUCUCCUCUCGAAGCAUUUCAGCAUUUGCCAAAUUGAAACGGGCACGUGUCAACAAAGAGAACAGACAGAUCUGCUUUACCUGCAAACUCACUCAAGUUGAAGAUCAGUGGAGACAUUUUUAAUCAAAAAUUAAUCUUCCCCGCGCGCAGGCGCUCGGAAGAUUCGUGUGCAGAAAAUAUAGGCCCAAAGAGAAAUAAGAAAAAUAACGGAAAUUUAAAAAAAAAAAGACUUUGAAAAACAAAAUAAGACCAUGUGGUCUGAUGAGUUUUGAAUUUGUAAAAAUCAAAAUAAGGACAGAUUAUUUGUUCGCGUAAUCUCUUUUGGGAUUCGAAAUAAUAAUAAUAUUAAUUAACAAUACGUAUUACUUUAAACGAUAGUAACACUUUUAUCAUUAAUAGUCAUUAAUAUAGUUUAUUACACACGAACUGCCUUUUUUUAUUCAACUUCAUAUACAUCUAAUUCAAUUUUUGAGGCUGCGUUAAACUAAUGGUGAUAAAUAAAUCAAAUAAAACAAGAGAAAUAACAAUCUUUAACUGUAUUGCUCUGCAGGACGUCACAUAACGUGAUGAUGUUGUGGUGUUACAGUCUGCAGAUCUGCUUUGUGUGCAGGCGACGGCAGAGGUCACGAUCCGCAUCUGCGGCGACAGAUGUUAGUCCACUUACGGGCUGAUGCCCGGUGGUGCUGCACACACUUCUGAAUCAAUAAAUAAAACUGUUAGUACGAUGCUCGAAGUUUCUAUAUGAGGUCUUGAGCUAAAUAAAACCGAAGGACCGUGCAGGUAAAAGAAAACCAACACGCUUUCAUUUCAAUCUGCUAAAAAAGGCCAGUCUCAGAAUUCAUUCGAAUAUUAAAUUUACGAUGACAAUUUACUUUUUUUUUUAAUGAGUCACAUUCUGCUGGUUAGAACCAGAUUAUUAUUAUUUAUCUUAUUUCCGGAUUGUUGUUUUUUUUUCAGAAAAUUGCUUCAGUGUUUAUUGGCAAAGCUGAUCUACUGAAACAAUGACAUAAGCAGCCUGUUACAUGUUAUCAGACAUGGUUUUUCCCACAUCAAAUGAAACACCGAUUUACUAUUAAAAUAAUCUACACCAGGUCGAAUUACUUCUUUUUUUCUCUCUCAAAGAUUAUUUGUACAAUAUGGCAAAAUCUGGAUUUUGCGCACCAGCUGCAUGGGGCCUACCUACCUGGUCAUGGCGACUCAUGAUGCAGGCUGCCAAGGAAGGGACGAGGAUGGCCAACUUCGACGAUUUUAAAGGAUUUCAAACAAUAAAACUUUUGAUGGAGGAAACCGUCAAAAUUGGACAUGUUACCAAAUAAUCGUCACAUCACACGUCAGCCAUGCACCAGAAUCCCAGCAGACCCUUUUGGCUGAUGAAGGGUUAACUAAAAAAAGAUAAGAUAUCCUCAAAAUGUGUUGUCCUCAUGCUGCAUUCGGGUGAUGCAGGGAAAGUGGGAGACACGACUUAAACGUGUAAUUUUCGACUGGUGUUACUGCUAAAAAUGUGAUGUUUCUUGAGAUCUCCGACUUUUACGCACGGGACGCUCCAUUUCUUUUCUCCUAUAUUAAACCGAAUUUUUAAAAAAAAUCUGCACUUCAGUCAACUUAAUCCCGAAUCCUUAAAAAUUAAACAAAUAAAAACAACAAGUACAUUUAAUAGCACAAGCCACGCGGAUGUACAGUUUGCUCUCCUGUGUUUUGUGAUGUUUCCGUUGAAAUGCACGUGUGUUGUUGUUGUUGUUGCAACCUUCACGUCCGAUUUGCCUCCAUGUGAAAAGCGUCGACUAAACUUUUCUUUCACUCUUUCCCCACUUGGUUGAAAGUGGACCUGACGUAAUUUACAGUGGCCAAUCGCAGAGGAGCUUUCCUCCUCCCCGGGCCAAUGGGAAGCGACAAGGGGUUGCCUGUCAGUCACAGGUGAGGGUGGACGUUACAAAAAAAUUGGGUGAAAAGAGCCAGAGAGCGGAGCGAGCCCGGGCUGAUGGUAGAGCUAUACGGAGGAGCAGCAUCGUGCCUGCGGAUGUAGCAGAAACUUUCCACGGCUUCUCCCGCGGGGAUGCGACCAGGAAUCAACACUGGAGGGAAAACAGUUCUGCGACAGCAAUGCUCCACGGAUGAAACCGUCUAAAAUGUGGAUGAACUGACAUUUACUCCUCUAUCCGGGCCGGUUCAUUUCUCAACUUGAAGACCGAGCAAACUCUGUGUUUUUUUUUGCUGUAGUGAAAAUGGCCGUUCGAGGCAACUCGCUGAUGCCGUUCUCGAUCCAAGCCAUCCUGAACAAAAAGGACGACAGCCGACACUUGCCGGACUUGGACAUGUGCUUCUCCAAGACGGCGUGCUGGAAAAUAUUUGGGGAGAUGAACGGCGGGUCGCGGAGGGACGACGACGACGACAACGCGGAGGCUUGCGAGCCGACGGACCAGAAGAGCUACGACUCGGACUCGGGACUCAGCGACGACAACGACGGCAAGGCUCCGGCCGCGCGCAAGUCGGAGAAGGACGGAGACGCUGCGUCAGACGUGCCGGAGGAGAGCCCGCAGGAGGAGACGGACCACGAGUCCGCGGCCGCAGAGAACGCGAAGAGCGACAGCGAGCCCAACAAUGCCACGGACUCCAGCAACCUGGACGAGAAGAGCCCGGACCAGCCCAAGCAGCGGAAGAAGCGCUCCAGAGCCGCCUUCUCGCACGCGCAGGUCUUCGAGCUGGAGCGCCGCUUCAACCACCAGCGGUACCUGUCCGGGCCGGAGCGCGCGGACCUGGCGGCCUCCCUGAAGCUCACCGAGACGCAGGUCAAGAUCUGGUUCCAGAACCGCCGGUACAAGACGAAGCGCCGCCAGAUGGCCGCCGACCUGAUGGCGUCCACCCCGGCGGCCAAGAAGGUGGCGGUGAAGGUUUUGGUGCGCGACGACCAGAGACAGUACAGCCCGGGGGAGAUCCUGCGGCCCCCGCUGCUUUCCCUGCAGCCGUCCUACUACUACCCCUACGCCUACUGCCUCCCCGCAUGGACACUCUCUGCGUGUGCGGGGAAUCAGUAAGAACUCGGUGACUGUAUUUAUUGGGGUUUCGUUUUUUUUUUUUUUUUUACUGUUUUGGCUCCCAGGAAAUCAAACCAUAACUAAACUAUUUGUUUUUUUCCUGACAAGAGGAGGAGAAUGUGCUCAGCGUCUCUGAUUGAACUUGCCUCGUCGAGCGGUCCAGGCCAGACCAGACCAUGGGGUUCCCAAAACUUUUUUUUCCAGCCCCUCCACAUCCUCAAAUACUUUAAAAGGACUCUAUAUUUUUUAGUAAGAGUCUGUCCUGAGGAAACCCAUGUUAACUGCCUCAACUGCGGGUGAGCGGGGAGACUGGACCUCUUUAUAAAAAGUCAGUAUGUUAACCUCUGAGGAGUGACAGUAAUAACACUAAAGUAUUCCUCUCUGUGCUCGGGAGCCCCUCGAGGACCCCUGAGGCCCCCCGGAGCCCUAAACAGACUGAAACUGUCACCUUAUGCUGGUUUAUAUUUGUCAUGCGCCUUCCUACCUCUGCAGUGAUUGGAAAUAGGCAUAUUCCAUUGACUUUUCAAAAAUAACUGUCUCUGUUACAGGUUGUGUGUGAUGUGUUUUGUUUUUUUUCUCUUGCUGUGUUUGUAAAGGUAAGAUAUUUCAGCACUUUUGAGCAUAUUACGUUACAUUAUGUCAAUGUACAUUAUAGUUUGGACAUGUACAGUGUCGUCAGACUGAGAAAGAGGCGGUUUGUUGUGGUGUUUGGGCCUGAGAGUGAUCGUGUGGCAGGAAUCAGGCUGAGACAGACCAACAUGGCCUCAUGUGUUACUCGUGUUAAAAUAACUGUUUAGAUCGAAAAACAUUAAAAAGGAAACAUAUCAGGCAUUA